CACGUAGGCAUGCAUGUGAGUGAAAGAUGAGAGUGAGAGAGAUACGCAAAUCUUGAAACUGAAUCACCGUAACGAACCCAAAAUCAUCAAGAUCUUGUUAAUUUCCCCAAGAAUUGCUGCCAAAUCAAGAAAAAAAGAUGAAUAGAAGGCAGCAAAGGGCAUUCAAAGUGUUGUUUUGGAUUAUGGGAAUCUGUCUAACAUGUUAUCUUGCAGGACCACCUUUGUUAUGGACUCUCCACGACACCUUCAGUUCUGAUUCUUCUUCUUCUUGUCCUCCUUGUCAUUGUGAUUGUUCUCUUCAAUCCCUUCUUUCCAUCCCAGAAGGAUUGGGCAACAAUUCUAUUUUAGAAUGCAUGAGGCAGGAUCCAGAGGUGAGUGAAGAAGCAGGGAAGAGUUUUACAGAUCUUUUGUCUGAAGAGUUAAAGCAAAAAGAAAGUGAAGCUGAAGAAAAGCAAAGACGUGCUGAUAUAUUACUGUUAGAGUCUAAGAAAGUAGCUUCACAGUAUCAAAAGGAAGCUGAUAAAUGCAAUUCAGGAAUGGAGACAUGUGAGGAAGCUAGGGAAAGAGCUGAAACGACACUUGAAAAUCAGAUGAAAGAAACUGCUUUGUGGGAACUUAGAGCUCGCCAAAGAGGAUGGAAACCUUCAGGAAAGAAAGCUCUAGCCCGGUUUUGAACAUUGAGUACAAAUGUUAUUAUCUCAAUUGUUUCUCAGUACUUGAUUAUUUCUUGCAUUCAUUGAUUUUUUAUUUUGCGGCACUUGAUAUAUUGUUUAAUGAGAAAUAAAUACAUAAGAUUCUUUUUUGGUUUCA